AUAUUUAAAUAUAUCACUUCUAUGAAAUAUUAUUAUAUUUGUGGUUUACUGUUGUAGUUGUUAUCUAUUUCACCUUUAUUUCGUUUAUUUUGGUUCACCGCUGUUGUUGAGUACAAUGAGUUUAGAAGCCAAAGAGAAAUUUGAAUGGAACAAUGAAGUCAAUUUUAUUAACAUAAUCUCUGCGCUGUUCAACAAUUGGCCAGAAAUGAAUUUGGUUGUUGAUCGUACCUCAGGAGAUUCACGCAUAGCUGUGUAUACAGAUAUAAAAAAAUUCAUACAGGAUGUAUUUGAUUGUAUUUUGAUUUAUGGAACUGGCCGUAAUGAUCGAGUAUCUGGGUAUAUUAAAAAAUGUAUGCUAGAUGACUUUCAUAUGGUAAUUGAGGAUUUUGCUGCCAAAGAGAUGAGUUCACGUAUUUGCAGCUUGUACUACAAAUGGAUUAAUCAAGAUAAUUUGACCGAAAACCACAAACAAGUAAUUGAAGAAAUCAAAAAUUUGCCAAAACCAUAUCCUAUUGUGGAAUUUGAGGAUCUCCCAAGAUGUAAAAUAACUUUUGAAACCGAGGAGAUUAUGUGUUAA